AUGAGAGGGAAGCAGAGGAGAUCCAUCACCACCAGUGCCGGCCUUGACUAUAGGUGGGGUAGGCGAUCGCCAAAAGCCCUACUUUGGUCGGCCUUGAUCACCACCAAGAUCUUCCAAGGCCUCCGCAGGCACAGUGGCUACCACCUGUCUCCUCGUGCUGAUAGCAACCAAGUUCUCUGUCAUCUUGCCCAAGAAGCUGGAUGGGUCGUCGAGCCUGAUGGCAUCACUUACCGCUAUGCAACCACCACUAAUACCACCAGCAGCGGAAUUAAUGUUUGUCCUCUUCGUGCUCGAGGAAGAAAACGGACUACGAUAAUGCCAACCAGCAGCUUCGUGGGAGCCAAUGCUGGAAUUGGUGCUGUCGCCUAUGGUGAUGGAGGUGAAUGUCUGACAGUGGCCUCCCCUCGCCACAUCACAACCAAAGGUCCCACCGCACUCAACCACUCCUCCAUUAGCCUAACCUUUUGCGGUGGAUUUAGCUCAUGUAGUACUACUAUUGCUACAAUUGCUAGUUCUUCUUCUUGUCCAUUGCAUUCACUACUAAAGAACAAAGCUUCAAGCAUGGAUUUCCGGUUCCUAAAGCCUCAAUAUCUGUUGCUAAUAAUCUUCACCAAUGGAAUAUUUGCAAUCACAAAUCCGUUGAUAAUUUGA